GCUCUGAUCCCAUUGCAGUUCAUCCUGCUCCCAAUCCAGUUUACACUGCUGCCUGCCCCGGUCUCUGCACCAACCCCCAUCCCGGUUCCCACACCGCUUCCAUCCCAGUCCCCACGUCGAUCCUGCUGCAGUCUUUGCUGACCCCCCGCCCCCCCAUCGCUGCCCCCCGCUGCCAGUCGUGCUGACGUCUGUGUGGCACAGGGGUGAUCCUCUACAUCCUGCUGGUGGGAUACCCGCCCUUCUGGGACGAGGACCAGCACAAGCUGUACCAGCAGAUCAAGGCGGGCGCCUACGAUUUCCCCUCCCCCGAGUGGGACACGGUCACCCCCGAAGCCAAGAACCUCAUCAACCAGAUGCUGACCAUCAACCCCGCCAAGCGCAUCACGGCCCACGAGGCCCUCAAACACCCGUGGGUCUGCCAACGCUCCACCGUGGCUUCCAUGAUGCACAGACAGGAGACGGUGGAGUGCCUGAAGAAGUUCAACGCCCGCAGGAAGCUGAAGGGUGCCAUCCUCACCACCAUGCUGGCCACCCGGAACUUCUCAGUGGGCAGACAGACCACCGCGCCUCCCUCCAUGUCGGCCGCCGCGGCCCCCCUGGGGCUGGUGGAACAAGCAGCUAAGAGCCUGCUCAACAAGAAGGCUGACGGCGUCAAG